AUGGCAACUGGUCUGCUCCACAUUGUCAACGUGCAGCCCAGCGACGAGGGCUCCUACCUCUGCACCUCGUCCCUCGGUUUCGUGUCGACAGCCACACUCAAGGUAAAAGCCCGCCUGCAGUUGAAGCAGUCGCCGACCGACGUCCGCGUGCCCUUCUUGGGCAGUCGAGCCGAGUUCCGCUGCUCCGCCUCCGACCCCUCCGUCGCGCCGUUCUGGCUCUUCAAUGGCAAGCCCGUCAGCACAGCCAAUCCCCAGCUCUUGGUGGUUGCCUCGGUGAAGGAGAGUGACCUCGGCAUCUACCAGUGCAUCAUCAGGUCCCUGAUGCCGGACGGACGCACGGACGAGUGGGUCUCUGCCUCAGCGGUGUUGGCUCUUCAAUCCGACAAGCUGGUGACAAAAGGCAAGUCUGCCUCUCUCAUCUCCAGAUCUUUUUUUUCGAGCCAACUGGCCCAAAUUACUGUCGAAUUCGAUCAUUCCAUGCAUCGCUGUUCUUGUUUUAGCCACGGAUUUAUCUGCUCUCGUCGCCAACUCGCACAAAACCCCGGAACACCAAGAACACAUUUUUGUGCUGAAUCGUUUUCAGAGUCCAUCAAGGAGAUGACUCCUCGCGUCGAGAUGGCCUUGGACAACUUCGCCGUGUACCUGACGUGGACGGCGAGCGACGAGGCGCUAGGCGAGGGCUUCUACGGCGACGCCGGUGCGUCCGCCCACGGUCUUCUUCAGCCCCCGGGCGCAUGGGGUGGCCAGCCGAUGCUGCCGCAUCCGCAGCCCCCGCAGGCAUCUGCCGACGUGCACGAUGGUGGUGGCGGUGGUCGUGGUGGCCAGGACGUCUUCUAUCAAAUUGAGUAUGCCACUCUCAUCAGCCAGCCUGUGCUCAAUCCGGCGCUCGUCGGCCUAGUGCCCCCAGAGCCAGCCGUGUGGUCGAAGACUGAGCGUCUCGGGACAAGGCGUCGAUGUGUUGAGUUACCCGGCAUCUAC